AUGAGAGUCACCUUCUUUUCAUCAAAGGCAACAUCAAGCAAGCACCUGCGCAUCGCAGACGAGUCGCAAACACUUCAGAGAGCUGCUUUCAUCCCAAACCUCGCGAGCAUCAACACUUGCAGAACCGCAUUCCUUCCCCGACCACACUGCCUCGUGCGAAGACAUCCUGCAACCCGUGUGCCUCCGAAACGUGUUCGCUGCCGUCCCCUGGUAUGCGAUGGCUCUAGCGCCGAGGGCAACGGCAAGCCACCCGCACAGGAAGGCAGCUCAGCACCACCAUCCCUUGACGAGAGUCUCAUCGGCUCCACCGCAUUAGACUCGGAGGAAUACUUUGAACGUCUGCGCGAAAUUACGCAAGCGGAUACUACACUUUCAAACCCGCUCGGUUUGAAGAAGUCAUUCGAAAUCGUGGAACUAGAUGAAGAUGGCAUGGGGCCACGCGACCGAUACGUGUACGUGGAGGAGCGCGACUGCAUCGGGUGCACGCAUUGCGCUACGACUGCGACUGGUACCUUCUUCAUGGAGAGUGAAUGGGGAAGGGCGAGGGUGUUUAAUCAAAGUGGGGACACGGAGGGGGAUGUUGAAGUGGCUAUCGGUACAUGCCCUGUUAAUUGUAUAUAUUACGUGGACUGGAAUGAUUUGGUGGCACUUGAGAAUAUGAGGGACGAUCAGGUGAUCAAUAACACCGCAAGACUUGUAGGAGGUUCGGACCCGUCGGGUUCGAGGAAGGGAACGACAAAGACAAAGGUCAUGGAUUCUGGCAUCAUGCGAUGCGAAGACUGCCCAGGGAGGGGAUGUCCACAAUGCCCGUUGUUUGGUGUGGGGGAAAAUCCAGAAUAUUUGAAGAUGAAGAAGAUGCGCGACGCGAAGAAGACGGCGAAGAAUGAUAAGAGGAAGAGUAGGCGCAAGUUGCUUUAGAUCAAGGCGAUAACAAGUCAGUAGGCCGGGGUUACAUUAGCAUCUCCCGGUCCAGACGCCUGAGGGACAGAGCGUGGGCAGCCGAUGUAAUUUACGGGUAGGGUAGGUGUUGUUCGUUUCGAGCCAAUCAGGCAACGACUGCAGUAUUGUACAGCAUGCAAAUUUUGCAUCGCGUCAAGAAUAAUCUAAAAGUACAGCGCAGCGUUUCAGGCUAUCGCUGAUGGGA